AUGAGCAUCGGCCGAGCCGAGUUCGAGCUUCUUCGUGCUGAAGUUCUUUCGCUCCAGGCCGAGGUUGCGAAGCUGCGUGCUCGGGUGAUAGAGCUGGAGGAGGAGAAGUUUGAGCUGGUGGAAAGCCCGGGUGUUCGAGAGGCUGGCAACCAGGGGUCUGCUGCUUCUUCGGGCCCUUCUUCGGGAAGUUCGGCGGUCAGCCGAGAGGAGGAGGAGCUUGGAGGGACAGCAUCGCGGGGCAUCGUCUCGCGACUUGUUGCCAUUGGCUUCGAGGCUGUGGAUUGUGAUUCGUUCGGUGCCUGCAAGUCUUUGGUUAAGCGAGGGGGCGACGCGGGGGAGAGUGUCUUCGUUGGCCUGCCGGCCCAGAACGACGUGAUCGAGUGCUUGCAGGGCGAGGGGGUCGACGGCCGCACCUUCUUCGUCUUCGACAACGACACAGCCGACGAGGAGUACUUAGUGGGCGCCUUGACGGUGCCAGGCGGUGCCGACGGCGAGGCCGAGAUCUUCGAGGUGAUCUUUGUUUGUGCUGUGGAGGAAAGGACCUUGGUCGCUUUGCCCCAGCCGGCCUGGAACAGACGGGCUGAGAAUCGGAAGCUUCCCCCGGGAGCCUUGGUCAGAGCUACUGCGGCUGAGGUGGCCGCUGCCGCUAGGGGCUCCCGUGCAGAGAGGGCCGACGGCUAUCGUAUCAAGAUAUGGCUGGGCUACUUGGAGGAGCAGAUGGCGGCUUCCGUGAGCUUCUCCGGCGAAGAGGCCCCGACCGUUCUCUUCUUGGCCGUGGGCGGCGAUGCUGGAUAUCUUCCUCUUGGAGAAGCGCUGGUCGAGGUGGCGAAGGACAAGUUCCAGUUCAUGACGGCGGAGAGCGGGGACCCGCGGUCUCGCGUGGCACCGGCUCCUUUGGCUGGAGACUCGCGCCUGGAUUCCAUGCGGGCCCUGAGCGAGGCUCACUUGAGGAGCGCCGCCUGCACCUACGAGCCGAGCGGCGACACAGCAGAAGGGCUAUGCAGGCCUGGACCCCGGGUGGUGCAGUCCGCCCUGGCUGCCGGCGUGGAGCCCAAGGCCCUGGAGGAGAUGGCCAAUUUGCUGGCGGCGAACCCCGCCCGCCGCCUCACAAAGACGAAGGAGACUCGGGUCCGAACAGACCCGCUGGAGGAGAGCGACGAGGAUGCUGUCCCCCUUCCUGUUGCCGACGAGCCUGGGUCGGGAGGCAUUGGCGCGGUUCCACCUCCGGAUCCGGUGGCUGCCGCCUUGGUGAAGCUCACGGCCUUAGUUGCGGACAUGCACCAGACCAAGGCGACACGCGGCAGCAAGCUGGAUCAAGCUUUGGACGGUGCCGCUUUUGGCAGCGGCGGCGGCGACGGCGGGGGCGUGUCUUCUCGAAAGAAUUCGGUUGCCCGCCGGGCUUUGAGACAGGCCCUUCACGACUCCCCCGAGGAGAUCUACCACGUUGUGGAGAAGCUCAUGCUGGAGGACUUGAUGUCGACGACGCUGAGCCCAGGCAUGCCGAGGCCGACUUUGAGUGCAAGGGCGUGGCUGGAGAACAGAUCGCGUUUGACAAACUACCAAGCAGCGGUCCGCACAUCGUGGGGGGUCGGGGGAAUCCUCGACUGCCUGAUCCAGGGCAGGGAGAAAGAAGCUCGGGCCAGGGCUUGCCUUAUGUUGGUGCAGGCCGACCAGGUUGCGCUGGACAAGGGAGCAUGGACGUUGGCUGCAGAAGCGAGCCUGGAGAUGCCGCCGCCGUUCCACUCUUUCGCGGCGCAUUCUCAGGCCGAUGUGGUGGAGCAGUCGCGGCGUGAGAAGAUCUCGACCUUCCCCAUCCCCUCGGUUUUAGAAAAGCCCUCUUGUGAAGCUCUGCUGCGCCUUUGUGCCGGCACAGCGCAUGAAGAUGGAAAGGAGAAGGGGGAGCUCCCGACAUGCUGUGGCGGCCGCGAUUUGCCAAGUAUGCACCAGUUGAUCCAAACCAGCCCCUUGGCUCUACCGUUCUACUUAGAUACGCUGGGUGGAGAUGGCGGGCCUCCCAAAGGUUUGGAGAGGGAUCUUAUCACGAAAUGCUUCGGGGACGGCGACUUCCACGGGCGAGGAGACCAUGAAGCCGCUUUCGAGUCCUUCAAGGAGUGCAUGCAGAAGGGUGAGCCCUUCACUGGCCCCGACGAUGAAAGUGGCUGGGUCUGGGCGGUGGCGGAUCUGACCGUGGAAGGCGGCUUGAACUUGGAGCUUCGAAGGUCAACGCCGCUGGGCAUGCGUGCCCUGAUGGUGGCGCGAGCUGGCAACGCAGACGAGAUGUUUGAAUCCGUGAGUUGGCGCACGGUCAGGCGGCGUUUCAACGAAAUCCUGGGACAUCGAGAUGCCGAUGGCAAAGAUGUACCCGGCUUCGAGCCUGCAUGA